AAGACUAGGCGGCCGAGGUAUAUGAAUCGAUUGACUCGUUUUGGAACUCAGCUCAACUCGUUCGAGUCACGAUUGUUCUAUGAACCCGCCACCGUCAAACCUCAUCUCCGCCGUCCUAAUCAUGCCCUAGCCUUCAAAACCCACCGGCAUUUUUCAACUCCACUCAGAUUCGGAUUUUUCUUGCCCAAAAUCUCUGACCCUCCCCGUCGGCCUCCCCGUCUGCCCCAGGCGAUGGACCCGGUUCCUCCGGAAUCUGAUUCCCCUUCUGUGGAAGAUUUUGUCCACAUCGAGAAUCCGGAUAUCGAGAGUUUGGUUCAGAGUAUUGUUAGUACUACCGAUGAACAGAUUAAUGACGAGGCAGCCUCUGUGAUUUUGCCCGAGGCCGAAGAAGGUUUCACGGAGCAGAGUAGAGUCCUUCCGGAGGAGCUUUCUAGAAGCGUGGUGGUAUUGACUUGCGAGACCGCUGAUGAGGGUGGCAUUUGUGAUGUCUACCUUGUUGGAACAGCACACGUUUCUCAAGAAUCGUGCAGAGAAGUUCAAGCUGUAAUCAGUUAUUUGAAACCUCAGGUUGUCUUCUUGGAAUUAUGCUCGAGCCGAGUGGCUGUUCUCACACCUCAGAAUUUGAAGGUUCCAACUAUGGGAGAAAUGGUUGAAAUGUGGAAGAAAAAGCAUAACAUCUUUGGUAUUCUCUACAGUUGGUUUCUUGCCAAGGUAGCCAACAAACUUGAAGUCUUUCCUGGUUCUGAGUUUCGUGUAGCCUAUGAAGAAGCAAUGAAGUAUGGUGGUAAGGUCCUUCUUGGUGAUCGUCCAGUACAGAUUACAAUAAGGAGGGCAUGGGCGAAAAUGCCACUUUGGCAUAAGAUAAAAUUGCUUUACUCCUUCGUUUUUCAAGCUUUCUUUUUGCCAGGCCCUGAGGAACUAACCAAAAUGUUGAAGGAUAUGGACGAUGUUGACAUGCUCACACUCAUAAUUCAAGAAAUGAGCAAGGAAUUUCCCACAUUGAUGGACACUCUUGUGCAUGAGCGAGAUCAGUACAUGUCCACUACGUUGCUAAGAGUAGCCAAGGAGCAUCGUUCAGUUGUUGCGGUUGUCGGGAAAGGUCACCUAAAUGGAAUCAAGAAGAAUUGGCAGCAGCCUGUUAAGCUCAAGGAUCUUUUGGAAAUGCCGGAGCAAAAACGAGUCCCUGUUGUAAAGAUCUUUACGUCACUAGGCAUUGCAGUUGCUGGAGUUGCAAUCAUAUCUGGCAUCUACCUUGCUUGCAGAAAAUAACACCAUUGAAGGGGACUUGGCCAAUGACUCACCUGCUGCAAUGAAUGCUAUAAAAAUGAUCAACAAAUAUGCAGCUUAUACAGUCAGCUUCAUUAUAGAACCAUUUUAGACUUGUUAAACGAGUCCACUUUGCUUGAGGUUUUGCUUUAGCAGAAUGAUUAAACCACAAACUUGCAAUAACAAAUCAAUUUUUCUCAUUAUUAU